AUGUUUCAUGAUUUGAGAGAUGCAGGUCGACCAAGUCCCAGGCCACUUCCGCCACCAAGUCGACGGAGAGACAAACCUCAGCUGUCCUACUCAAAUGUGAUCGAAGUCAGCCGUGCAGUAAUUGUUCCAAGAGGCAGCAAUCCUGCGUCUACGUGGCCCCCGGGCACGGAAAGGAUCCAUCGCUUGGAGCAAAUCGUUGAGGAUUUAGCAAAUGCAAAUUAUUAUCAGUCCGAAAGUUGUCAGGAUGCAAGCCCUCCGACACACCCGGCAACUGGGGAUGUCAAUCCUGCUUCAUUCCGAGAAACUGGCACUGCUGAUAUCACGGAUUCCAUUGGUCGAAUUAAUAUCAACGAAAGAGGAACCAGCUAUGUUGGACCUGCACAUUGGCAAGAGGUCGUCAACGAGAUAUCUGAUAUCAAAGAUCAGUUGGAAGGCUUCAGCGAUACAUCUGGAGAUGGCCUUGGCUCGAAUUCAGCGAAACCAGAGUUGCUUCUCGGUUUGAGGAGACACGUUAGCAAACAAGAUAUAUUGAGGUCUAUUCCGCCCAAGCAGACUGCUGACAGUCUUAUAUCAUACUUCUUCGAAGCAAUGGAACUGGCGACGUCUGAUUAUACUCAACCAGGCCAGUAUACUCUGGAAGCUCUUAUACUGUAUUUUGUUAUUGAACAUGCCGUUGCUAAGGCGGGUCCAUUCAGAGUCGCUCUUUUGUUUGACAUCAUUGUCCGUUCAGCCAUGCGCAUGGGAUACCAUCGUGACCCAUCUCACUAUCCAGAAAUAUCUAUCUUUCAUGGAGAGCUGCGCCGACGAGCUUGGAUACUCAUUCGACAUAUGGACAUUGUCGUAUCCUCAUGGGUAGGUUCUCCACUGUCCAGGUCUGCGUUUGCGUACUCAUUUUUCAAAAAGGUCGGGCUUCCUAGACUAGUCGAUAGCCGACACGCCGAUACUAGGCCACCUCGGAACCUCCUAGACCAGGACCUUGAUGAGAAUAUGACAGAGCUUCCUCCUUCAAGACCAGAAGAAGGGGCAGUUUCGUACGCUACCAUGAAGACUGAUAUCCUGAUCCUGUUUGCCAAUGUUGUCGAUGAAAAAGCGCGCUGCGUGCUACACCGGAACUAUAUUAGCAGCAUGCGUGAGGAGCAUCGUUAUUCCCGGUAUUCCUGCGUGGAUGCUGCAAUGCGCAUUCUGACCGACAUAUCUAUGUCCUACGACGGAGAUAUGCCCAACAGCUCGCUGUAUCCCCUUGCGUGGAGUUUACCUGCCGCUUUCACGAAUGAUCUCCUAUUGGCGUCCAUGAUUGUUUGCGUUGAUCUCGAACGGGCCGUGCGAGGAAUUCGAGAAACCGAACGUCCUCCAGGGGAUCUCUUGGAAUGGACUAAGCAACAAAAGAUACAAGCUCUUCGUAAAGCAUACAAAACUUUACAAAGCCCAUCCUUGGGUCCCAGUGAAGUGUCUGAGGGGAUUAAAAUCAUCAGGAUAGUUCUUGAAAAUGCGACAAAAACUGUUGUGCAGUCCCAACACCGCCAGGAAUCGCAUUAUUCGAACCAGCAGCUUUCACAGAACAGAACCGAUCGUGAUGGCCAGGGUCUAAUAGAACCAGCUUUGGCGACAGUUGAGGACGAGUCAUUGAUUCCUGCUUCAUCAGCACAGCCAUCUUGGGCUAUCUCACCUCCUGUUGAAUAUGCAGUUGACAACGCCGGAGAAUUCUUCGCCGCUUCAAUGAUGGACCCGGUACAAUUUAUGAUGGAAGUGCCACUAGAUUUCGGCAGUGUCGCAAUGACUGUUCAGAUCGGUAGGCCUUUCAGUGUGGGAUAA